GCGUUCCCUGCGACACAGGCAUAUCGAUUGUGUGUGUGGGGCGGCCGGCAUGGGCAUGGGUGAAGGCCGUUGGAUGCCACAUAAUUUUCGUAACGGCUCUUCGCGAGACUCAAAGCUGUCCGGAUAGAUCGAAUGAUGAGCACGAUCGGGAGAUGAUGCCGGGCACGUCUUGCCAGCUGGAAACGUCUAACGGUAAUUCUGAGUGGAAUACUUUAAUGGAGGUCUACCAUGAGCCGAUUGAAAAAAACUAUCAGCUACUUGAAGAGAUUGGCAAGGGUCAAUUUGCUAUUGUACGAAAAUGCAAGGAAAUAAAAACUGGUGCAUUAUAUGCUGCAAAAAUAAUGAGAAAGAGAAGAGUUGCCAGGGGUGUAGCUGCUGCAGAUAUUGCAAGAGAAGCUGGUCUUUUGGCUCGGUUAAGACAUCCUAACAUUGUUUCCUUACACAAAGUGAUAGAUACAGGAACAACAGUUGUAUUGCUUUUGGAGUUAAUUACUGGAGGUGAAUUAUUCCACUGGACUCCAUCUGGUGAAACAGAAGCUGCUCAUGUGGUACGCCAAGUUUUAAUGGCACUUAGUCAUUUACAUUCCCAUCAAGUUGCUCAUCUGGAUAUUAAGCCUGAGAAUAUUCUAUUGUCGACACCACCACCGAUGCCUAGCAUUAAGAUAAUAGAUUUAGGUCUAUCGCAUCGACUGGUACCUGGUUCAGAACACAGAGCAUUAUUUGGUACACCAGAAUUUGUGGCACCUGAAAUCGUAAAUUAUGAACCACUUAGCUUGGGAACUGAUCUUUGGGCUGUUGGUGUAUUGACAUAUAUUCUUCUGAGCGGAGCUUCGCCAUUUUUAGGCGAGGACAAGCAAGAGACAUAUGCAAAUGUUGCUGCUUGCCAGUAUCAAUUUGACAAUGAAUAUUUCAAUAAUGUAUCCGAGAUUGCCAAAGACUUUAUACGAUCCUUGUUGAUUAAAGAUCCAAAAGAGAGAGGAAGUGCUGAAUCGUGCCUUAAACAUCCUUGGAUUCUCACGGAAUCUGAAGCUCCUCAGGGUCUCGGCGGAGCAAUGAUCAGUGCUGUGAAGCGAGGCUGUGUUGAGGCUGUCUCUCAGUUACUGUUGCAGGGUGCUCCAUUAAACGUAAAAGACUCCAGAGAAGACACUCUUUUGCAUAUCGCUUGCGAGGCUGGCGACGAGGGAAUGACGACUCUGUUGAUAGAGAGCGGAAUCGAUCUAGAUAUACCGAACAAACAUGGUCUCACGGCGUUACACGUAGCUGCUCGACACGGGCAUAUUAAUUUGGUCAGACAUUUGUGCCUUGCUGGUUGCGACGUCGAUAAGACGAAUCGUGGGAUUCGAGCAGACGUUACUGCGAUUAAAUACGGAUAUCCGGAUAUCGCAUAUUUGUUAGAUAAAUUGCGAAAUCCGAAUCAGCGCGAAAAUUACAUUCGUCAGCUGCAACCAACGCACAGACCGAUAGACCGGCUGCACAUAAGACUGCUUGGACAUUGCGCAUCUGGGAAAUCAUCAUUAAUUAAUUCUUUGAAAUCUGGAAUAUUUAGUUUUGGUUUCUUUCGAAGGUCUAAAAGUCAGAAUUGCAGCGCAAAGAGAGAACCAAGUAUUGAACUGGACGUGACAAGUAAGCAUGGUUCUCUUAGCUUUGAAUAUAGCGACAGCGAAUAUGAAGGUACUCAAGGAGUGGAGUGGAGUCGUGGUAAUGUAGGUGGCGAGUGCGUCUUUUGGGAACUAUGUGGACGCGAAGAAUUUCUGGCGUCUUAUCACUAUGUACUUACAUUCCAACAGCCAGCAGUGCAUCUUAUUACAGUCAGUCUGAGAGAGCCGUUGACCGUUCAACUUCAGCAGAUAAAAUUCUGGCUGCAGUUUAUUUUAGACCGCAUUAAUCCAAGUAACGUUGGAUUUGGCGGCAAAUGUAAUGAUGUAAAAGUAAUUUUAGUCGGUACUUACGCGCCGGAACCUGUAGCUCCGAAUUCUAAUGCCGGCAAUCUACUCGCACCACUUUUGCCAUUUCUGAAAGACUUUACGUCGAUUUUGGGAGAUGAACCUCAAAUGGUAGCAUUGGAUGCAACUAAUCCCUCUAGUCCUGGCCUCAAACUCCUCAGAUCGUACUUAAAUAGUGCAAGGAUGGAAUUUCUCGAGGAUGGACCGGAAGUUGCAGAAAGUAUUCUCCGACGUGACACGCCGCGUGCUGCGGCUACGUACGUGCCCCUGGCGAAUCUUGAUAAACAGAGCGCCUUAGUGUGGACCGGUCUCGCCGAAGCGUGGAGGUCGUACGUGCAAUCAUUAGAAGUACCUCCUUUAAUGCUCACACAGGAGGAAUUUUUGAAUGAGGUUCGAAAGAUCAAUCCUUUAGUUUGUUUGGAACAUUGUAGACAUCUUGGAUUACAAUUACAGAAUUUGGGGGAAUGCAUUCUUCUACCUGGAAAUCUGAUAGUACUCAGUCCCGAAUGGUUCUGGCAAGAUGUACUAAAUUGGCAAUUGAGUCCCGAUCAAAGAGGACGAUUGGGUGGUCGAACUACCGGCGUUUAUACUUUGGAAGAUUUUCAGGCGCGAUGUCCUUGUCCCGCUGCUCAAGCUUUGCAAGCUUUACAAGCGGUCAAUUUAUGCGUUCCGUGCGAAGUAGAUGAUGAUGAAGUGGAAUACGAAAUACCCUGCUUAAAUCUCGUAGAACGUCUUCCAGGUUUAUGGGAACCAUGGAAACCAUGCUCAAAUGCAUUACCUCACGCUGGUUUACGUCUUUGUCCAGAAGAAGCGCCUUUAUAUCACUUGACAGCGAUAUUUACGCAUUUACAAGCGCAACUGAGAAAAAUUACUCAAGCAUGGGAUCCGAUGAAUUCGGAUUUAUAUCAGUGGUGGCGAGGAUCAAAAUUAUGUCUUGGACCUUGCGAAAGCAUAAUUACCUUUGAAGAAGAAGAACAUAGUUGCGUCGAAAUCCAAGUUCGCGGGCCACGUAGUUCUAGUGCGCAAUGCUUCGCUCUUCUCAGCGUGAUCUUAGACGCGAUGGAUACGACUAUUGAAUUAGUCGCGCCGGGAAUGUUACUCGAGAGACAUUGGCUAAGUCCUAGCCAGCUUCGAGAAUAUGACGAGGUAAUUCACUCAUGGACACCUGGCACAAUUAUAUCGGCUUUAAUCGAUAAAAGUCUCGAAGAAGCGACUCUUAAAAAUCCUUUAAAUGACCGGCAAGAAACAGUAUGGGAAAUAGUUGGUUGCGGGCUACCAUUAAUAGAGAAUUACGUUCCUGGACCGAAGCAACCUGUGAAAUAUAUAAAGCCUGCUGUGCAACGACGAUUGGCACAGAUGCUAGAUCCACCUGAUCAUCACGGAAGAGACUGGUGCUUACUCGCCGUGAGACUUGGUUUAGGGGAUCGCGUCGCUCAAUUGGAUAGUACAGUAGACAGUCCCACUCUGAGGUUGCUAAACUGCGCAGGUGCAGAAUGUACUGUUGGUUCGCUGGUACAACAAUUACGAGCGCUCGAUCGCGAAGACGCUGUGCACCUGCUUCUCACGUAUACGCCAAUCUACGUGCUAUUGAUGUCCGACUCGGAAACAGGAUCUAAUCUUUCCAGAUGACGAUGUUGCUCUUACCAAUGGCGUAUUAGCACUUUUUAAAUCUUUUUUCUUUUCUGAAACGCCACAUGUUUGAUGAAUUUAAAGCAUUGUCUUUCUUAUCUCCGCCCAAUAUAAAAUGUACAUUAAUUUGUUAAGUAAGUGUAUAUCGUAAUAUGUAACUUAACUUUAAUGAUCAAUCGCGUUGCACUUCGAGUUGAUAUUGAAAAGAAUCAGUGACAUA